AUGAAUUCUUUGAUAGUUUCACCCAUAUUUACUGAGUUCAUCUUCUCGAUCGAUCUGAAACUCAACCCUUACACGCGAAACAAAGCGUGUGCUGGUCAGGAGAAGGAAAACUCUGACUUCAAACUUCCGCUGCCUUGCGGCAUACCUGUUCAUGGGAAAGGCUAUGGGAGCAAAUCCAGACAGAAAACUACACUCCACCACCUGAGUUGCGGUCCAGUAAUAUCAGGUGCCGGUCCAAAUCCAAAAAAGUAUGCACAUACCGGCUCGGACGUCGCCCGGGUGAACAAGGUCCGCGCUGCAGCUUUGGGGACUAGAGGCUGCAGUGUAAAGUAUGCUACUGAGUCCCAGAAAGAUAGACUGAAGAUGGGGUUGACAGUUGGAGUUUGGAAUGUCAGGUCAUUGUGGCAGACAGGGGCUUACGCUUUGAUGAAGAAAGAACUUGAACGAUUCAGAUAUGAUGUGGUUGGUCUGUGCGAGGUCCGAUGGACAGGAGGUGGAGAAAUGGAAGGUGGGAAGAUAUUAUGGUCUGGAACAGAGAGGGAGCACGUCUAUGGAGUUGGAAUGGUUAUUGGCGAAAAAGCAAAAAAAGCACUGUUAGAGUACAAUCCAGUGAAUGAAAGAAUAAUGUAUGCGAGGUUUAAGGGAUACCCGAGAGACAUUGAUGUGGUAGUGGCCUAUGCUCCAACAAUGGAUCACUCGGAUGUAGAAAUCGAGGCAUUCUACGAUCAACUGGAGCAAACAUUGAAUGUACUGCCAAAGAAAGAUGUUAAGAUAAUCACCGGAGAUUGA